UACUGGAAAACUGGUCAACUGUUUUCCAGGACGCAUGGAAACCCUGAAUAUAUUUAGUUCAUGGAGUCGUUUUUACGCAAAGGGAAUUAACAGUGAUGCUCAUGUUAAUUCACUUGGGGGGUCGCAAAUGUUAUUUUGAAAAGGAAAUAGGACACGAGAGAAGAACCCACAACAACAUGGAGCUCGUCUAUUCCUUCUUCAGCUAGGCUCUUCCCUCAUUAAUAAGGGGAGCGUCCAGAAACAGCCCCCUCGUUGAUCUGAGGACUACAGAAGCUAGUAUGUUACAUGCUGCUGCUGCUGCUGCUGGAAGCGCAGCAGCGGAGGUGACAUCAUGCGUCUCCAGCGCCUACGGACCAGACAGCGACCGCUUCCCCUCAUUGGAUCCGAAAUGACAGCCAGAGCCGCGCAGCCAUUAAGCCGAGCGGUGUCCGAGUGUACAGACAGCAUGCACACACAAACGAUGCUGCGUAAUUACCUCUAAUCCGACUGUGGUUUACAGCUGUGCACGGCACAUCGUCUCUUUUACUCUAAUCCUACUAACACGCAGCCUUCCUAUUUUUUUUUUUUUUUUUUGCAAAAUCAUGAUGGUGUCGCUACUGGACUACAGAGAGAAAUGGCCCAUAACAUCCACCGUACAUUAACAUCAUAUUUAGCAGGCUACAUGUAAAGAGGCUGUCAAAGCUACCAAGAUGGGAUGCAUCACGGCUUUCCUGAAGAAAAUAAGACACAGGGUGAAGCUGGAGCGGUUCAGAGAGCUGGGACGACAGUACCCAGUCUUCUGCUUUCUGCUGCUGGUCCUGCUGCUGUCCACUUUGCUUCUAAACAGAUAUAUUCAUAUCAUGAUGGUGUUUUGGUCCUUCCUGGCCGGAGUCAUCACUUUCUACUGCUCCUUGGGGCCUGAGUCUCUGCUGCCUAACGUCUUAGCAUCCAUCAAACCAAAGACAAAGACAUACCAACAGGAGCUGUUUCCACUGGGCCACAGCUGUGCCAUCUGUGGGAAUAUCAAGUGCAAAAGGCACAGACCCACUUUAUUACUGGAAAACUAUCAACCAUGGCUUGAUCUGAAAGUUCCCUCUAAGGUGGACGCUUCCCUUUCAGAGAUUCUGGAGCUGGUUUUGGAAAAUUUUGUUUAUCCAUGGUACAGAGACAUCACUGAUGAUGAGGCGUUUGUUGAUGAGCUGAGAGUGACGUUGCGUUUCUUUGCAGCAGUGUUGGUCCGACGAACACAGAAGGUGGACGUGGCUUCACUAAUCACACAGAAGCUUCUUAAAGUGUCCAUGAAGCACAUUGAAAUAAUUAGCAAAGCGAGACAGAAAGUGAAGAACGCAGAGUUUCUCCAACAAGCUGCUCUGGAUGAAUACGGUCCUGACCUGCAUGUGGCCAUUCGCAGUCGCAGAGAUGAGCUCCUCUAUCUUAGGAAGCUGACUGAGAUGCUUUUCCCCUACAUCCUACCACCUAAGGCUACAGACUGCAGAUCUCUUACUCUCCUCAUAAGAGAAGUCUUGGCUGGUUCUGUCUUCCUUCCUUCAUUGGACUACUUGGCUGAUCCUGACACAGUGAAUCAUUUACUGUUGAUAUUCAUCGACAACUCCCCUCCUGAAGUAGCCACAGAGCCCUCUUCAACACUGGUUCCUUUUCUGCAAAAGUACUCUGAUAUUCGCAGCAAAAAGGCAUCUGUGCUGAAGCUGGAGCUGAAAGAAAUCAGGGAACAACAAGACCUUCUCUUCCGUUUUAUGAACUUCCUGAAGCAAGAAGGGGCUGUUCAUGUGCUCCAGUUCUGCCUCGCAGUUGAGGAAUUCAACGACAGGAUACUGUGUCCAGAGCUGUCCGACUCCGAGAAGAUACAGCUUCAUGAGGAGGUGAAGAAGAUCUAUGAGACCUACUGUUUGGAUGAGAGUGUUGAUAAGAUCCGCUUCGACCCCUUCAUAGUGGAAGAAAUACGCAACAUUGCAGAGGGUCCGUAUGCAGAUGUGGUGAAACUGCAGACUAUGAGGUGUUUGUUUGAAGCCUACGAACACGUCCUGUCGCUCCUGGAAAAUGUCUUCACUCCCAUGUUUUGUCACAGUGACGAGUAUUUCCGCCAGCUAUUAAGAGGGGCUGAGUCCCCUGCCAGGAACUCCAAGAUGAGCAGUUCCUGGGACUGGAGCCCUGAGUCCCCGUCCUCACUGUUCACCGCCUCUGGCAGCUCUUCACCUGCAUCCUUUAACUCCCUUCAUGCCCAGUCCACGUUCACAGCCUUACCAUAUGGCUCGCUAUCCCACCGCCACCCAUCACCCAAGAACACGUCAAAGAGGGGCGAGUCCUUUGGGAUCAGCCGCAUUGGCAGCAAGAUCAAAGGAGUGUUCAAGAGCACAACCAUGGAGGGGGCCAUGCUGCCAUCCUACGGGCUGGUAGAAGGAGAAGACGAUAUGGUGGAGGAAGCCAUGAUGGUGCUGGAGGACGACUCCCCCAUGGAGGCAGCCUCCACCCCCAGUACACCCCGAAACCUCUCAGCAUGGAACAUUACCAUCCCGUACAUUGAUUUUUAUGACGAUGAUGUGAAGAGGGAGAGGAUUCCUGUGUUCUGUAUUGAUGUAGAGCGCAAUGACCGGAAAGCAGUGGGACAUGAGACUGAGCACUGGUCUGUGUACAGAAGAUAUCUGGAGUUUUAUGUCCUUGAAUCAAAGCUCACUGAGUUUCAUGGCUCAUUUCCAGAUGCACAGUUGCCUUCCAAGAGAAUCAUUGGUCCCAAGAAUUACGAGUUCCUCACAUCCAAACGGGAGGAGUUCCAGGAAUACCUUCAGAAACUCCUGCAGCAUCCAGAGCUCAGCAACAGCCAGCUGCUUGCCGAUUUCCUGUCUCCUCACAGUAUGGAGUCUCAGUUCCUGGACAAGAUGUUACCUGACGUGAACCUGGGGAAAAUGAUCAAGUCAGUCCCUAGCAAGCUGAUAAAAGAGAAAGGGCAGCAUCUAGAGCCUUUCAUUCAGUCCUUCUUCAACUCCUGUGAGUCUCCGAAACCCAAACCCAGCCGGCCUGAGCUCACUAUCCUGAGCCCCACCUCAGAGAACGAUAAAAAGCUCUUCAAUGAUCUCUUCAAGAAUAAUGCCAACCGCUCUGAGCUCACUGAGAAGAGGCACAACCAGAAUUACUUCAUGGAGAUGAUCACUGUUGAAGGGGUGUAUGACUACCUAAUGUUUGUGGCCCGAGCUAUCUUCCACAUCCCUGACUGGCUGCACCACCUUCUAAUGACCGGCCGGAUCCUGUUAAAGAACACACUGGAAGCUUACAUAGAUUAUUACCUUCGGUACAAACUACACCAGGUGGUCCAGGAGCACAGACUCGUCUCUCUCAUCACGCUGCUUAGAGACUCAGUGUUUUGUGAGAGUAGUCAGCCCCGCUCGGCCCAGGACAAGAGGAGAGCAAAGAAGACAUUUGAGGAGAUGAUGAGAUAUAUCCCAGAUUUCUUGGGGAAAUGUAUCGGAGAAGAGGUGAGGUAUGAAGGAAUACAGCUCCUCUUUGAUGGACUACAACAGCCAGUUCUUAACAAACAGCUGACAUAUGUGCUGUUGGACAUAACCAUUCAAGAGCUUUUCCCUGAGCUGAACAAGCAGGCACCCAAGGAGGCCUCUGUGAUGGCUCCUUGGAUGUAGUACUCAAGUGGACAAUGUUGGAGGCAUGAAUGCAAGAGACUUUUGCUGACCAUAAAAUGUAGCUCACAGUAUCUGAUCUGGGUGAAACACAGGGGAAUCAUGAAGCUUCUCCUGCUGUAUGUAAACUUACUUUGUGUAAUAAAUUAUCUAAAUACAGA